UUCUGGCCUGCGAUUGGUCGAGGAGCUUUACUUUCCAAUAAUAUAAACAUGUCUACUGCUUGCCUGGCUUGAACCAAGGCUUACAAGGGACUAUGCAGUUCUACAUCAAACUGUAUAAAAACUCUCAUUAUGCAUUUGCCUGUGUUGUUGCAGGGCUAAAUCUUUAUUAUUGGUAGAGAAUAUGCACAUUGCUGCACGUGCACGCGUGAGGAAACGAGGAUACCCUGCUGCCGCUGCAACAAGAAAGAGAGAGGGGGACUCUGCCGUGCUUUCAUCAAUAUAAUCACCAUCCUAAGUACUAGCUCUUAACAUUUUGUUUUUCGGUGUUCAGGCGAGAAGUGACAAGAAUAUAGACCCCUCCUCUGCAGGGCGGAGCGUGCAUUUUCAUUUCGUAUUUUGUAUUUUUUUAUUUUUUUUUUCUACCCCUGUUCCCUGCUCUGACACGUCUGCACUGAGUGAGUGGCAUUGGCACACUGUCAAUCGCUCACUACCGCUGCCAUCAAACAACAUAAAACACACACAGGCAGAGGCUGGAGCUCAUAAAUUUCAGCAGGGCAAGAUAUUUUUUUGCGCAUCGCCUUUAUACAGCGUUGUAUCCUAAUUAAUUUCUUCUCGCUUUUUUUCUAAAACAGAAAAUCUCCCAACUUUUUUUGUACAUUUCAUAUUUUUUGAUAGUCACAUUUGGACACCUUAUGCCGCAGAUUGUGUAUUUUUUUUAACGCUGUCAGUUGUCGCGGGAAUCAUUUCUGUACAUUUAUAGUUGGUAACACCUGCGAGAUUUUUUUUUUAUUUGUUUACACGUUUCCACAUUGGAUAUUUUUUUUUGUUGACGGUGCUUCACUAGCAGGAUUUGGACAUUUUGGAAGAGGAAUGCGCCGGGAAUCCCAUGAAGAGCGCUAAUAAAUGAGAGAUCACCAAGGAGCGUUUCUGUCUGUACCAGCCGUCAAAUCCCAGAGAAAAGACAGAUUGGCAUGAGGAUUCGUGCGGGAUACGAUGGACCGUCAAUUCUGACAAAGAAGUGCUAAGAAGAAGAAACAAGAUUUAUGCAUUUUUGUACAAACACAGACACGCGUUUUGGCACUUUGGACCGCGCGUAAAAAAGCGAAAGGACAGCAAGAACUUGGACACAUGAUUUACGCUAAAACAUCACCACUAGGCUUUUUUUAAAAGACGUGUGUGCUCUGUUACCGCUGAAGAACCACAGCCGUGCAUCCUUCUUGUCUACGGCAUAUGUUAUAACCGAUUUCGUAUAUGAGUUUUUCAAUUUGUGUGGCUCAGUGCACAGACUCUUUAGCGGCUACUAUGGAUGAUCAAGCCCGGAUCAUGCAGUCGAUCGGCGGUGUCAGUCUGGCCGGCCACUCGGUACAAGGAGGCAUGGCACUGCCGCCUCCACAUGGACACGAUGGGACAGACGGAGACGGAAGAAAACAAGACAUUGGUGACAUUCUCCAUCAAAUAAUGACCAUAACUGAUCAAAGUCUGGACGAGGCGCAAGCAAAAAACAGGAAACAUGGACUGAACUGUCACAGAAUGAAACCAGCACUCUUCAGCGUUCUCUGUGAAAUCAAAGAAAAGACAGGUCUCAGCAUCCGUGGUGCCCAAGAGGAGGACCCCCCAGACCCCCAGCUCAUGCGCCUAGACAACAUGCUGCUGGCAGAGGGCGUGGCGGGACCAGAGAAAGGCGGCGGAUCCGCUGCCGCCGCAGCUGCAGCCGCGGCCUCCGGCGGGGCGGCCGACAACUCCAUUGAACAUUCCGACUACAGAGCCAAACUCACCCAGAUCAGACAGAUCUACCACACAGAGCUGGAGAAAUACGAACAGGCAUGUAACGAAUUCACUACCCAUGUGAUGAACCUGCUGAGGGAACAGUCUCGCACGCGGCCCAUCUCUCCCAAAGAGAUUGAGCGCAUGGUGGGAAUCAUUCACCGUAAAUUCAGCUCCAUCCAGAUGCAACUGAAACAGAGCACCUGUGAGGCUGUCAUGAUCCUGCGCUCCAGAUUCCUUGAUGCCAGGCGGAAAAGGAGAAACUUCAGCAAGCAGGCGACGGAAAUUUUGAACGAAUACUUCUACUCGCACCUCAGCAACCCGUAUCCAAGCGAAGAGGCUAAAGAGGAGCUGGCCAAGAAGUGCAGCAUCACAGUUUCCCAGGGGGUGGGAAGCACCAUCACAGUAUCACAGGUAUCCAACUGGUUUGGCAACAAAAGGAUCCGGUACAAGAAAAAUAUCGGCAAGUUUCAGGAAGAAGCCAACCUGUAUGCUGCCAAGACUGCUGUAAAUGCGGCACACGCUGCAGCCGCUGCAGUGCAGAACAGCCAGGCCAACUCCCCUACCACACCUAACUCCGGAUUCCAGAUGAAAGAUGAAGAGUUUCAGCUGGAUUCUGCAGAGAGCAAAAACACUCUUUUAACCAACAUGUUUACUGGUUCUUCAGGUUCUUUUAACCUCCCAAACUCUGGGGACAUGUUCUUGAGCAUGCAGAGUCUGAAUGGGGAUUCUUACCAAGGGGCACAAGUCGGAGCCAAUGUACAGUCACAGGUGGAUACCCUGCGCCAUGUUAUCAGUCAGACGGCAGGAUACAAUGAUGCUCUCGGGGGGAACACGAUGUAUAGUCCACAUGGGUUAAAUGCUAAUGGGGGAUGGCAAGAUGCAACGACUCCGUCUUCUGUAAUAUCUCCGACAGAAGGACCCGGAAGUGUGCACUCCGAUACCUCGAAUUGAUCCGCUAUUAAUGCAUCUUCGCCUCGAGCUGGGCAUGGACUCUUUUCACUGGCAACUGCAGAGGAUAAUACAAAAAGAAAAAACUUUUCACGACAGAUUGGUUUUUCCUGUACCUUCAAAUUUCCCAAGAACCACACCACACACAUCCUCCAUCAUUAACACCCAGUGUUUCCUGAUCGUUCAGUGUUUUCUUUCUGUCUUCAUAAAUCAGAUGUAUACUCUUAUUUGUUUGUCGUAGGGGUAAGCACACACACACAAACACACACACAUACACACACAUACACACACACAUGUACAAUACUCAGUAAACUUUCAGGAUAAUUAGCUCCUCUGAACUUAAAGUACCGGAUGACACUCGCGCAUUUAAUGUGACAUUUUAAACGGCCAUUUGUUUGAUUCUUGAUUUAAUUACCACUUCCCAUUUUGAUAAUUGGAUUCUCUUUCAGUUCUUACAAUACAUAGAUUAAAGCAGCUGUUUCUUUGACUGUAAUGUGCCCGCAAUCUUGUCCAGCAACUCGACAAUGCUACCGCUGACAGCUCAAUGGCAGCUUUGUAGUUACUUUCAAGAUUUAUUUUUGCCUUACAGCCGUAUACAUUAGUAGAAGGAAAUGGCUAUUCAAACUCUGGAACAUAAAGAAGUGUAAUUGAUUGCUUGACUAUAACAUGACACCAUUCCAUAUUUUAUAAUUUGAUGUUUAGUAUGUACAUAUGUAAACAUUUUUUUUGUACUGCUUAUCAACAAACAGUAGAUCAUUCCUUCGCAGCACACACAGGAGCAGGCCCCCGUUACACAGGGAAAAGUUGUACAUAAUAUAGCUUAAGAGUAAUUAUACAUCCCACCAAUCAAUACACAGCUUUAUUACCUCAUUCAAAUUCAUGAAAACCAGUCAUUCCCAACAUUUCUGUAGCUUAGAGUGCUCACUUACUACCUCUAAACAAUAUCACCGCCAUAGUUUCUUUUGCCCUUAUUUAAUGUUUUUAUGUAGUUAAUUUGAUUACAUCUUGUAACACUGUAAACUCUUCAUCCUCUAUGUAAUCUAAUGUAUAUUUUAAUCUUUUAAUAAAAUGCCGUUGCUGUACGGCAAAUUAAAAUGACAAAAAUAAAAAAGUGAAAAUGAUAACAAUAUUAACACCAUGAAAAAGAGACGGGGUGGGGGGGUGGAGGGGGGCGAAGGAGAAGUUGUUGGUCUGUGGCUUUUACGAGACGGCGCGAUGAACAUUGUUGAUAAAUUAACACCAAACAGUGAAACUGUUGUAAAUACUGCAGAAGAAGAAAAAAAAACAUUUUGAAUGUUGCUCAUCUUGUUACUAAAUCAUGCGGGAAAAAAAGAGAAAAAAAAAUCAUUAUAAAAAAUGUAAUGCAUAGAGGUUUCAGUAUUCAGAACUGUACAUUUCCAGCUCUGUUCAACAGGGUUCAAAACUUCUUUUCUCUUUUUUCUAUUGUAUGUGAUUCUGAAACUGAAAAAGUCAUGACAAAUGAUUUGUGGCAGUGAUUCUAAUGUAUUAAAGAUGUUUAGUGUUACUUUCUAACCAGACUACACCCUGGACUGAAAAGUCUUCCUUGUGGUAGUUGUGUAAUUUCAAACAUGAAUAAACCUUUUGCUUUCAUGACA